AUGCCCCACAAAAAGCAUCGAGAUCAGAUUGGCCGAACUUUCCUGGCUCGGGCUUGUGCUAAUCGUGAGAUUGACAAUGCCCGAAUCCGUCUCAACGAAAGGCCAGAAGACAUUGAUGUGGCGGAUAACGCCGGAAAUACUCCUCUCCAGAUUGCCGCUCUUGAGGGAUGCGAGGAUAUCGUUCAACUUUUGAUCGAGGGAGGGUGCGAUAUCAAUUGCAAGAACAACGACAAAGAUACUCCUCUCAUCGAUGCCGUCGAGAAUGGCCACCUAGCCGUUGUGAGGCUGCUUUUGGACGCUGGCGCUGACCCUCGUCAAGGAAAUCUGAAUGGAGAGGAACCCUUGGACCUU